GCCGAUAGGUACACGGACCAUACUCAUUUUCUUCGUAAUAUUUUUUUAAAAAUAUUUUUGACGUGUUUAAAACCAAGUAAAAUGCCAAGUUGUUCAUUUCCUCCACUCGUGACGUUCUAGUCGCCACCCCAAAAAGUAGUUUGAGUUUAUUCGAUUUGCAGGCGGAGGCUAGUUGUCAUGUGAUGUGGAAACACGGCUUGUGUGUUUGUCGUAGUGGAGGAGGGGGAUAAUGUUUUCUGCCAAGAAAUGUGUGACAGCUACUUUAUAACAGCCCGUGGUACCGACUCUUGUCUCAGAUGGAAGCAGGUCGUGUAGACUUCUACAUUGGCCUCUCUCUGGCCGUGUCUUCUAGUCUUUUUAUCGGCACCAGCUUCAUUCUGAAGAAAAAAGGCCUCCUGCGAUUGGCCAGCAAGGGAUCCACCAGGGCAGGUCAAGGCGGCUACGCUUACCUCAAAGAAUGGCUCUGGUGGGCUGGACUUAUUUCAAUGGGAGCCGGAGAGGCAGCCAACUUUGCCGCGUACGCGUUUGCGCCGGCCACGCUCGUCACCCCUCUGGGAGCUUUGAGUGUGCUCGUAAGUGCCGUGCUGUCGUCUUACUUCCUCAACGAGCGCCUGAACCUUCAUGGCAAGAUGGGCUGCCUGCUAUGCGUGCUGGGCUCCACAGUCAUGGUUGUGCAUGCACCCCAGGAGGAGGAAGUAGCGUCCCUCAGCGCCAUGGCGGAAAAGCUCAAAGACCCAGGUUUCAUUGUGUUCGCUGCUUGUAUUGUGGGAAGCAGCCUGGUGCUUAUCUUUAUCGUGGCGCCCCGCUUUGGACAGAAGAAUGUGCUCGUCUACAUCAUGAUUUGCUCCGCCAUUGGCUCUCUGUCCGUGUCUUGCGUCAAGGGCCUGGGCAUUGGCAUUAAGGAACUAGUGGCCGGGACGGCCGUGCUGAAGGAGCCCCUCUUUUGGAGUUUGCUCGUCUGCCUGGCGUUGUGUGUCAGCAUCCAGAUCAGCUACCUCAACAAGGCCCUUGACAUCUUCAACACCUCCAUCGUCACGCCCAUCUACUACGUGUUCUUCACCACGUCCGUCAUAGCAUGCUCUGCCAUCCUCUUUAAGGAAUGGCUACGCAUGAACGCUGGUGCCGUAGUGGGCACCAUCAGUGGCUUCCUCACCAUCGUGCUGGGAAUCUUUCUUCUGCACGCCUUCAAGGACACAACUUUCAGCUGGGACUCCAUGCCCCUUUACCUGAGGAAGGGACCCCGGACCCUACCUUGGGAUCCCCGGCCUUAUGCGGCCCUCCACGGACAGGAUAGUCCUGUUGUGAGAGAAGUGAAGCCACCCUCUGGGGGAGGUGUCAAAGGUGGAUUGGUCUCACGGCAAUUGAAAGCGCCCUGAAGAAAGAGCUUAUGAACCAUACACAUGGUGGCCAAAAGUUAGUAUAAUGUCUGUACACGAAAUGAAAUGCAACAAAAAAAAAUGUGCUUUCACGUUUUCUGGUAUCUGCUCCUUCUGAUUUUAACAGAGAAUCCUAUCACUUUUUUUCAACACUUGAAUCCUUGAGUCCAUCAUUUCUUUAGUAAAACCUAUUCUUCCACUUGUUCUCUAGCAUUUUUACAGCCUUCACUUGCUUCUGCAACCCUAGCAAAAAGUAUGGAAUCGCCAGUCUCGGACGAGCACUCACUCAAACAUUUCAUUAUGUAGAACAAACUCAGAUAAAAAGCUUGAAAAAAAUGAUAAAGUGGUUCAAAAGUGCAACUCCUUGGCAUUCAGAAACACUAAAAGAAUUGAAUAAAAAACAUUGUGGUCGUCAGUAAAUGUUACUUUUAUAGAGCAAGUGCAGGGAAAUAAAUAUAGUAUCACUCCAUUCUGACGAAAAAAAUAUGGAAUCACUCCAUUUUGAGAAGAUACAGACACACCCAGUCAAUUUCUUUUCCUUGAUUGGGCCCCUUCCUCAGUUUAGCUCCGUUCAUUAGUCAGCAGUUAAAAACAGUGCAGUUAUCACACCUUGGAGGGCUGCUGGACCAAGCGGAUUCACAAGAAUCAUGGCUCCAACAAAUGUCUCGAGACCAAGGAGAGGAUUAUCCAACUUCUGGAAGAAGGUAACUCUACACGUAUUGUUGCCAAAGAUGAGGGCUGUUCAGUCAGCUGUAUCAAAAAUGUUGACCAAGUACAAACAGCAUGGCAAGGUUGUUAAAGGGGCAGUUUACAUGGCGACUCUGCGGCACGAAGACACAAUGAGUGUGUAGCGGAAUGGCCCCGAGUGCAUAUGGUGUCGGCGAAGACGGAAGGCAAAGACGAAAAGUUCUGAAUCCUGCCUCUAAAGUGGAAGAAUGCGAUUACGGGUGUCGCAGCGCGUUCAUAUGAAUGGAAACCGCCUUCACUUUGAUGACGGAGACACUCGCACACGUCACAUGGGCGUGCGCGGCGGUGCUAUCAAACAUUAAAAACAGCAAAUGGCGGAACGUCGGCUUUAAUUGACUGUUUUAAUGUUUUUAAAUUUAAAUAUGUCGAAUUAUUUCCGUUUUAUGUGCCUUUUGGAGCAAAAGGAAAAUGCUAUUGCUUGGAGUGGGCGGGCAUGUUUUUUCCGGGCGGGGGUCAAAGUGCAUCAUUCACUGUCGCCUUGUAAAUUUGCACUGCCCUCUUAGGCCUGGCAUGAAUACUACAUCGUUUUCAUGCGGAAUUGCAACAUUGUUCGAAUGGAGACGGAACCAUAUAAAUGCAAAUUUGAAGUUUUUCAUAUUCUCGGAGAGUCACCACGUAAACAGCCCCAAAGUUGAGCGUACUGGUAGACAUCCAAACGUCAUGACAAUCAACUAAAGGCCAUAUGUCUUGAAAACAGAAAAUGUACAAUAAGACAAAUGUAGAAGAAAUGGGAGGAAGCUGGAGUGAAGGUAUGUGACAGAACUGUGUAAAAUCACCUAAAGGAAAUAGGAUUUUCAUACAGGAAAGCUAAAAGGAAACCAUCAUUGACACCUAAACAGAAAAGAACAAGAGGCAAUCAUAGACCGUGAAUGACUGAAUGAUGGUUAUUUUCAGCGAUGAGUCAAGAAUCUGCAUUGGACAUUUGGACAAGGUGAUGAUGAACUUUUGUUUCGUACCGUUCCAUGAAGAAAACAUCCAAAUUUCCUCAGCCCUUGAUGAUAUGGGGCUGCAUGACAGGCAAAGGCACUGGGUAGAUGGCUGUGGUUAAAUCUUCAAUAAAUGCAAAAGUUUACAUUGAAACUUCAGACAGUUUUCUUAUCCCUUCAAUUGAAAAUAUGUUUGGUGAUAAAUAAAUCGUUUUGCAAGAUGACAAUGCAUCAUGCCACAGAGCUAAAACUGUUAAACAUUCCUUGGAGAAAGACUCAUCCAGUCAAUGUCAUGGCCUGCAGAUAGCCCAGAUCUCAACCCUAUUGAAAACCUGUGGUGGAAAUUGG